GGCGGCACAGGCAUCCCAUCGACAGCGUGCGGGACGUGUUUGACUGAUCAUGAUCAGGUACUUUAUUCCCGCGGAUGGGGAUGAUCCGUCGCACCCCAACGUGUUCCAGCUGCCCAGCGGGCUCGUGGGGAGCGGAUCGGUGCGCUGCGGGGACGUGGAGAGACACUUCCCGUUGCCCGGCCGGUACCACUUUCGCUUCAAGAAGAAAUUCAGGGACGCAUUCGUGUGGGUUGACAUGGCGGACCCUGGAGCACCAGUGCCUUCAUGCGACGGAGUUUUCACAGCCAAGAUUACGCGCUUGUCAGACGGCCGAGGCGGAGGCGGGGUACUCCCGGGCAGAGGGGAAGCGAUGCCGCCACCCCCGGCAGGCGUGAGACGAGACGUUGGCGGCGGCGGCGGCGGCGGCGGCGGCAGCGGCGGCAGCGGCGGUGGAGGGUUUGGCGGAGACGAUCUGCUCAACAUGGGGCACGGUACCGCGCCGGGGGGUGCCACGGGGCCUGGCUUAAUGGGAGGAGGCUCCCAGCCCGACGACUUGCUGGGCAUGUUCGACAGCUCACCAUCGCAGGGCGUUCCCCCACAACAAACGGCAUCAGUACCGUCGGCGGCGGGAGCGGCGAGACCGAUGCCGCGAUCGCCCCACAUGCACCCGGCUCCCAUGUCUCAGAUGGGGGGAGCGGGCGUAGCCGUGGGCGGCGGCGGAGGCGGCGGGGGUGGCGGAUUCGGGGUGGGCGCGGCUGGCAUGGGUGGUCAUGCACCAUCGUGGCAGCAGCAGCAGCAACAGCAGCAACAUCCCCAACACCAGGUGACAAUCAUCGCUUUGUCUCUGAACCCCACGUCUGUUCAUGGAAAUUUUGACUACUUCCUCCCCUGCGCCAAAUACUACGUAGCAUGGGCGGGAUGACCACACGGACAAAAUGGGUUUGGAGGCUGUGCUUUAUCCCACACUGAGAGGAUUUGAAUCAAAUUUGCGGAUGGAUUCUCAAAACGGGAAUGGGGAAAUAGUCAAGUUGGCUGAGAGACAGCGGGAAGUGGUGUACGCUUUCCAUGUGACGCGCUGCCUCCUGAUGGAUCGCAACAAGGAGCGAGAAAGAGUUCCGAUUCAUGAGUUGACGUUGGUGGGGAGGUACUUCAUAUUUUGUCGAAUUCAUGAAGUUGUAGUUUUGAAAUUGCGCUUCGCCCCCUCGCUGCCGACUGAGGUUAAACCCAGGAGGGAAGGUGUUACAACCCCCCACUGUCCUCCAUUAAAUGAAGGGUUUUUCUUCAUGCGAUUUCGUGUUCAUCCAGAGGCCCACGUUGGCCUUUGCUGCUCCCCCCCGCGCCCCGCGUUCUUUCGCUCGCCCGCUCUUGGUGUUGGUACGUGCUUGUUGCUCGGUCCUUCGGCUGCUUGACACCUGAACCACCACCACUAUACUUCACCAGCAACAGCAACAAUUCGCGAGGUUUCCACCUCAGGGACGUGGGAGCAUGUAAUAUGCGACAGGAUCCGCGCUCUCGCACGCCGUCGACACGCUCGCAUCGGAGCCAGGGCAUUUACUUAUUGUUGGGAUUCGUGGGUCGCUUGCCCAUUCGGUUAUGCCGAUUACCUUUUAUUGCGUUUCAUUCUCUUAGAAUUGAUCAAGCACGCCCACUCCCCCUCCCCCCACCCUCCCUCGGCGGGGAAAGACUACAAUGGUUGCCGAAUCGAUCAUCCAAGUAUUUUAGCGGCUUCUUGUGCGAACGCAUACCAAUCCAAAUGGUCCUCGACGGUACCCAAGAACCGUGAACUGUUUUGACAAGACCCACGUGGUUCAGCAGCUUCAAGUGGGAACGCAAUGUUGAUUUACAUUGUUUUGGGCGGAUUCCGGGCGCGUUGAUGGGUUUCAUGGAUAGCUGGUUGUAACAGCGCUGCGUUUGUGGAUGGUUGCUUCAUUUGGCGGGGUUUCGUCUUGGGCGUCUGAGGGCGAGCAGGCAUUUCAUUUUUUUGGAACGAAGCCCUUUGGGAAUUUUUUUUUCUGCCCCCGAGUUCAAUGGGGUAGGGUAAGCGCUUCAGUCGACCAAUAUUUUAUCUACACUUCAUUGGAGUUUUUGUUGACAACUACGCAGUACUGCAGCUCAUUUCGUUCGAUUUCAGCAGCUAGGUCGACCAGUUUAUUCCCUGAAAAACGACUGCUAAACAACCUGCAAGCUAUCAUAUGUAGACUAUACGGUUUCGUACGUAUCUGCGCGUGCGCGUGCGCUGCUUUAACCACCCACACGGCGACAGCAUGAGCAAAAUAAUCAAGGUGACGUUUUGGACCAUAAACAAACGUGUAUUA